AUGGCACUGCGGCGCAGACGCACAGGCGUCGAGGUCAGCGCGCUCAAGGCCCACUUUGAAGAGCCGUUCACGCCGGCGCACGAUGAGUCCAAGCCACGACCCACAGCGCGAGCGCUCUGCAAGCACUGCGGCGCGUCGGUCACGUACUCGACGACGCGGCUCACGUCGCACCUCGGCGGUUGCAUGGCCUACGACCGCCGCUCCUCGCCCAACGACCACAGCAUGGCAGCGCCAGAGGCAAGCGGUAUUGUCAGCGAACGUGGUACUGUCGCCAACAGUGGUGUCGUCCGCGAACCGCUGCGUGCCAGUCUCGCAGCACUCCUGGGCACGUCUGAGCUUGACGCGACGCUACGGGACAUGGCGACCGAGAUGGACUCGAUCGUAGCCGACGUCACUGUCAAGGAGAGCACGCUGUGUCUCCAGGAGGCACGUAUCGACGCCCAAGUCCAACUGCUCACUGAGAUCAAAGCUGACGCGCAACGCGAAAACGAUCGCAGCCGCCGCGACGAGCCCGCGCCCAAGCGCCGCGCGGUGGCAACAAGCAACAUCGUGACGCUCAACGUCGGCGGCACCCGCUUCAUGACUGCAGACGAUACGCUUCUCAUGUGGGGCACCUACUUUGAGAAUCUCUUGUCGUCGCCGCCCAACAGCGAUGGCGAGUACUUUUUGGACUUGAACCCCGACCUGUUUCGUCGCGUAAUCCGACUUCUUCGCACGGCCAACCCCCUCGACACGGAAGGACUCUCGAACACGGAGAAGUCAGAGGUGCAAGAUAUGCUCGACGAUCUCGGAAUCGAGUGGCCGCAACGAUGA